CAGUUUACUUUGCGAGUUGUGUAGUGUGUACAGUUCAGGACCCGACUUGAGGUGCCGAGGUGGUUAUUCGUUUUAGCUGAUCAGCAGCGUCAUAUCGGUUAAACUGGUUUAUUUUAGAUGGGUAAACGUUAUUACUGCGAUUAUUGUGACAGAUCAUUUGUUGAUGAUUAUGAAGCGAGGAAAAAACACAUAUCAGGGUCAAUGCACGUGAGAUUGAGAAAAGAACAUUAUGAUGUUUUUCGCGAUGCAAAGACCAUAUUGGCAGAAGAAUCAGCAAAAGUACCGUGCAAGAGGUAUCAGCAGACUCGUGAAUGUGUUUUUGGCACCAACUGCAGAUUUUCACACUACACUGCAGAAGAUUUAAUGAAUUUAAAAAUGAAAGUUGAAGGAGAAGAAGAGCGACUGGAAAGAGAGAAGUACACAAGACUGGAUCUUGAUCAUGAUGAUGGUCCAACUUUGACAUCUUGGCUACAAAAGAGAAGUAAAAUGAAAACCUCCAAGAGCACUGUUGAGGAGCACAAACCUAAAGCAACAGUUCUCUGGGAACUUCCACCUGAACUACAAGAGGUUCCUGAUCUUCCUCCAUCUCUCCAACCACUAAGAGUGGAAGAUUUCACAAAUGCAGAAUUUGAAACUUGGGGCUGAUAUGUGUAUAUUAAGGCUGGAUGUAUUGCAUGUUUAUUCGUAACCCGUAAAGUUUAAAUUCAACAAUUUGUUGUUCUAAAUUCCAUGAUGUUGGGACUGUUCUUUCAGCUCAUGGGUAUCUUAUAUUUUCCCUGUGCUCUUCUGUGCAGUUGGUUCUGAAUUAUACGGCUUUCUUAAACUUCUUUCCUAUGCAAGUUUUGGUUUCAGUUGGUUCAAAGCAAUUAGGUUGAUGGCUCACUAAGAAAACCAGAGUUAUGACUGGUUGGAUGCCACAAUUUUACACAAAAUGCAUGCUGCCUCCUACCCCUCCCCCCACCACCUCCUACACACACACACACACACACACACACACACACACACACACAGACCCCCUAGGGAUGUCAGUCAACCUCCCCCUCCCCUAUACUACCACUGUUCUGUGGCGCAAACAAACACCAACAAUUCUGCUAUUGCAGCCAAAGUUUGGUAUCUAGUCAUUCAGGCCAAUGUGCAUGCUAGACAGUCGGUGCACAACCACCUGUAAGCCAGCUGUGCCAAAUUUAGAUGAAAGAUCAAGACAGGUUGAUGUCAUUGAUACUGAUAUGGAGAAAUUUAUGUUAAUAAUUACGAAGAAGCUUGCUUCGAGGAAGUUGCCAGUAAAAAUAUGAAAAGAUAAAUGUGAGAAAUAAUUAUAGUGAUGGGCUCUUGGAAUGAAAAACAGGAAAAUGUUUUUAAGAAUGUAGGUAUGCAAUUCGACAGAAACCAAAUAGUACAUUGUGUAAAUAUUUUCACGUAUGGGUUUUCUUCUGUUUUACUUCAUUGUGUCCAACAUGCACUAAAAUUUAGUUCCCAUAAUCCAACAUCCCAUUCAGGAAGAGGCACCAUCAACACAGUAAUCCACAAACAAGUUUCUGGGUUGAUUAUGUCAAUCUCUGGGGUGGGAAUGAGUUGGGAGGAUGUCCAUCUCUUGGAUGGGAAUGAGUUAGGAAGGUGUUUUAAUUGGGAAAACUUUAGAAGGGAAAGGGUCAGGUUGAAUUUAGGUGUACUGGAAAUUAGUGAAGUGUGUUGGCAGAAAGAGCAGAACUUCUGGUGGGGGAAUUUUUGGGUUAUAAAUACAAAGUCAAAUAGGAGUAAUGCAGUAGUAUGUCUAAUAGUGUAUUAAAAACAUUAUCGUAGCAAAGAUAGAUACUGUGUCAACAUCCACCACAGUAUUACAAGUUUUACUGCUUACUAUCGCUGCAGAUGAUGUUGAAACUGAUGCAUUGUAUGAUGAUAUAAAAGAAAUUAUUCACAUAGUUCAGGAAGGCAAAACUUCAAUUUUUAUGGGAGACUGAAAUUCAAUAGAAUGAAAAGGAAGGAAAGGGAAGAUAAUGCGAGCAUAUGAACUGUGAGAAAGGAAUAAAAAGGGAAGCCACCUGGUAGGUAAAUUAAUCAUUGCUAGUAGUUGAUUUCAGAAUCGUGAAAAAAGAUUACAUACAUGGAAGAUACCUUGAGACCUCAAGUACAAUUCCGACUGAAUGUUAAUGGUAAGACAGAUUUUGAAUCGAUAUUUCAAAAUACAAAUAAUUCCCAGCGACAGAUGAGGAAUCUGACCAUAAUUUAUUGGCUCCAAACUGCAAACUAAAACUGAAGAAAUUCCGGAAAGGUAGGAAAUUAAGGAUAUAAGAACUAAAUAAAUCAGUAGUAGUAUGACACAGGUUGUAAUGAGUUUCAAAGGGUAACUUAGACAAUGGUUGACCAAAAUGGGGAAAAGGAAUACAAUAGAAGAAAAAUAGGUAGCUUUGAGAGAUAAACCGUGAAGGCACAAGAGGUUCAAAUUGGCAGAAAGACAAGACUUAUUAGAAACCCUUGCGUAACACAUAAUAUAUUGAAGUUACUUGAGGAAAGGAGAAAAUAUAAAAUAAUGAAGCAGAAAUUGCUAGAGGGAAAAUCAAAAGUUGUUGAAGCAUGUAUGACUAUGAGGAAAGAUAGGUCAUCCACAGGAGAGUUAAAGAUAACUUGAGAAAAAAGAAAAGCAUAUGUAUGAAUAUCAAGAGCGGAUGUGACAAGGCAGUAGUAAUAAAAAAGGGGAAACUGAAAGGAAUAUGUAGAGGGAAUAUGCAAGGGAAUUAAUGAGAAGACAAUAUUAUAGAAAUGGAAGAUGAAGUGAAUAAAGAUGAGAUGCAAGAUAUGAUUCUACAAGAAGACUUUGAUAGAGCACUGAAAGAUCGAGGUUGAAACGAGGCCCAUGCAGUAGAUGACAUUCCCUUAGAAUUAUUGAUAUAUCUGGGGAAGCCAGAUAUGACACAACUAUUCCAAAUGGUAUGCAGGAUAGGUGAGAAAGACUAAAUACUCUAUGUAGAAAAAUUGCUGGAAAAGGCAGGUGCUAAAAGGUGUGAAUUUUACCCAACUAUCAUUUUAACAAGUCAUGGCUGGAAAAUAUUGACAUAAAUUGUUUAAAGAAGAAUGGAAAAACAUGCUGAAACUGAUCUUGGUGGAGAUUGGUUUGGAUUAUCUAGAAAUACAGGAACAUGCCGGCAAGGCAAUACUGGUUCCAAAAAUUGUCUUAAAAAUAGGUUUAUCUGAGGCAAACCUACAUUUAUAGCAUUUUUUAUAUUAAAGAAAGCCUUUGAUAAUGUUGACUGGAGUACGUGCUUUGGAAUUCUGAAGGUAGGAGGGAUAAAAUAGGGGGAGCAAAAUACUAUUUACUAUAAUCCAUUUAUCUUAAGAGUAAACCUGAUGUAAACUAACACAGACACAAUGAUUGGUCAGAAGCCAGAGCACACUUGCACUGGUGCUACGCUCUUGGAAGUAGGUCCUACUUAUGUAUUAGAUAUCUUACUACUAAGUUUCAUUUAAUGAACUUUAAGAUAUUCAAAUGUAUUAAUAGCCAUCAAUGUUUUUCUUAAUCACGCUUUAGCUACAUAGUUUUUAUUUAGAAAUCAUGUAGAGUCACAGCCUCUGCAGCAUUGUGCUACGUUUGUGGUGCUGUUAAUAUGCAGUAUGAAAAUAGCCAAGGCUACUUUCUGUUCCGUAGUAAUGUUAGAAAGUCUGUACUGAAGAUAUUUGUCUCGAGUGCAGCCCUUUGGAGAAGAGAAAUGUGUGUGAUAAGCAGUUGAGGCAAGAAGAGAAUUUAAGCUUUUUAAAUGUGGUGCUACAGAAUAACGCUGAAGAUCAGAUGGGUAGACAAAGUAACUAAUGAUAACUCAAUCAAAUUGGGAAGAACGAAAUUUGACAUAAUUGGACAAAAGGAAGGAUCAGUUGAGAAAUUGUCAAGCUGGUAAUGGAUGGAAUUUUAGGGUGGUAAAAACUGUAGAGGGAAAUAAGAUUGAUAUACAAUAGGCUUGUUCAAAUUGAUGUUGGUUGCAUUAGUUAUGUUGAUGUGCAGAGCGAUGCACAGGUUAGAGGAAUGUGGAGAGUUGCAUCAAAGCAGUCUUCGGACUGAAGACAUCAUCAUCAUCAUUUGGAUUUAGGCCUUUAUAUUAGUUAUCAUUAUUGUAGAAUGGAGAAUAGCCAUAGUAGUGCUUGAAAUACUACACCAUCUCCACUUUAUGUAUAAAAGUGUAAAAUGUCAUGCCAUAAAAAUAUGUACAGCAAAGUUAAUGUUUACUUUCAGAGAUCCUGUUCUUAUUUGCCUCCAUUCCAAUAUGAAAUCAAUAUACUGUCUAGUUCAGGAAUGGUGACACUCACAAACAUUUUUUUGUAGAAAGUUGUAAAUCAAUAAUAAAAAAGUUCUGUGUGACUGCUGAAAUGUAAUUUUAGUAACAAAUAUACAAAGCAUUGCUAUGUUAUUUAUGUUUGAAA